GGCUAGGAUCCGUAUCUGAGCAAGCGCGUGUGCUGUGGUGUUCUGUGCUGAGAGCAGUGCUGCAGGGAGCUGUGUGGGGCCAGGGAGAGCUCGGAAGCUGCGACAUGGAUGCAGUGACCUAUGAGGAUGUGCAUGUGAACUUCACUAGGGAAGAGUGGACUUUGCUUGCUCCUUCCCAGAAGAGUCUCUACAAAGAUGUGAUGGUAGAAACCUACAGAAAUCUCACGGCCAUAGGCUACAAAUGGGAAGAUGAGAAUAUGGAAGAAUAUUAUCAGCACUUUAGAAGAAAUGGAUGGCACAAAAGAAGUCAUCCUGUAGAGAAUCACUAUGAAUGCAAGCAGUGUGGUAAAACCUUUUCAUGUCACCAUGAAGAGUAUUCUAAUCUUCCGUUUCAAGACUCAAAUCAUACUGGACAGUCAUCCUAUGAAGGUAUUCAAUGUGGCAAAGACUUUGCACAUCACAGUUAUCACCAAAUACCUGAAAGAACAAAAAGUGGAGAGAAUCACAAUGAAUAUAAGCAGUGUGGUAAAACUUUUGGACAUCAUAAUCAUCUUCAAAAGUAUGAAAGCACUCAUACUGUAGAGAGACGCUUCAAAUGUAAACAAUGUAGCAAAUCCUUUACACUUAAUUUUAAUCUGAAAAUGCACGAAAGAAUUCAUACUGGUGAGAAACCCUAUGAAUGUGAGCAAUGUGGUAAAGCCUUUAUGCGGGUCAGUCAUCUGAAACUACAUGAACGAAAUCACACUGGAGAGAAACCCUAUGAAUGUAAGCAAUGUGGUAAAGCCUUUACAUGUAACAGUCGUCUGAAAAUACAUGAAAGAAUUCAUACUAGAGGGAAACCCUAUGAAUGUAAGCUAUGUGGUAAAGCAUUUACAUGUAACAGUCAUCUGAAAAUACAUGGAGUAGUUCAUACUAGAGAGAAACCCUAUGAAUGUGAGCAAUGUGGUAAAGCCUUUAAAAGUAGAAGCUACCUAAAAAUACAUGAACGAAAUCAUACUGGAGAGAAACCCUAUGAAUGUAAGCAAUGUGGUAAAGCCUUUACAUGUAGCAGUUAUCUCAAAACACAUGAAAGAAUUCAUACUGGAGAGAGACCCUAUGAAUGUAAGCAGUGUGGUAAAGCAUUUACAUGUAAUGGUAAUCUGAAAAUACACGAAAAAACUCAUACUGGAGGGAAACCCUAUGAAUGUAAGCAAUGUGGUAAAGCCUUUGUAUGUAACAGGUUUCUGAAAAUACAUGAACGAAAUCAUACUGGAGAGAAACCCUAUGAAUGUAAGCAAUGUGGUAAAGCCUUUGUAUGUAUCAGUUAUCUGAAAAUACAUGAAAGAAAUCAUACUGGGGAGAAACUCUAUGAAUGUAAGCAAUGUUAUAAAACCUAUUUUUGUAAUAGCCAUCUGAAGAGACAUGAAAAAAUACAUAUAGGGGAGAAACCGUAUGAAUGUAAGCAUUGUGGUAAAGCAUUUAUAUGUAAUGGUAUUCUGAAAGUACAUGAAAGAAUUCAUACUGGGGAGAAACCCUAUGAAUGUAAGCUAUGUGAUAAAGCCUUUUCAUGUAGAAGUCAUCUGAAGAGACAUGAAAAAAUCCAUACUGGAGAGAAACCCUAUGAAUGUAAGCAAUGUGGUAAAGCCUUUUUAUGUAAAAGUCAUCUGAAAAGACAUGAAAGAAUUCAUACUGGAGAGAACCAUUAUAAAUGCAAACAAUGUGAUAAAAUUCUUAAAUGCAGUAGUUACCUGAAAAAACAUGAAAGAAAGCAUACUGCAUAGAAUCCCUAUUAAUGUUAGCAAUGUGGUAAAACCUUUAUAAGUAUCAGUCAUCUGAAAUUUCGUGAAAGAAAUCCUACUGGGGAGAAACCCUAUGAAUCUAAGUGAUGUGGUAAAAAACUUUUUUAUGUUUCCAUAAUCUGAAAAGACAUGAAAGAGUUCAUCCUGGAGAGAAACCUUAUGAAUGUAAGCAAUGUUGGAAAGCCUUUUUAAGUAACAGUCAUCUGAAAAGACGUGAAAUAAUUCAUACUGGAAAGAUAUACUAUUGUUGUAAGGUGUUCGAAGGUGUGUGGAUUAAUAUCUGGGCCUUUUAUUGGGUUCCAUUGGUCCUCCUGUUUGUUGUUCUGCCAAUACCAGGCUCUGUAGUAAAGUUUGAGGUCAGGGAUUGUGAUGCCUCCAGAAAUUCUUCUAUUGUACAGGAUUGUUUUGGCUAUACUGUUUUUUUGCUUUUCCAUAUGAAGUUGAGUACUGUUCUUUCAAGGUCUGUGAAGAAUUUUUCUGGGAUUUUGAGGGCAUUGCAUUGAAUCUGUAGAUUGCUUUUGGUAAGAUUGCCAUUUUUACUAUGUUAAUUCUGCCUACCCAAGAGCUUGGGAGAUCUUUCACUUUCUGGUGUCUUCUUCAAUUUCUUUCUUCAAAGAUUUAAAGUUCUUGUUAUAGAAGUCUUCCACUUGUUUGUUUAAGACUUUCUCCGAGAUAUUUUAUGUUAUUUAUAGCUAUUGUGAAGGAAAAUCAGGUAUGUUUUUGGAGUUUUUUCUCUACCAUCCUUUUAGGGAUUCUGUGGUCAUGUACAAGUUAAUGGCUUUUUCUUCGUGAAUUUUUCCCUUUGUACCAUCUCACCUGUGCAGUGAUAAGAAUUGUAAUAAUAUUGUAUCAAUAAGAGUUUAAAAUAAUUAACAGUAUUUUCAUCUAAAUAUAUUGGUACACAGGACAACCGAAAGAAUAUGUCUAUUUACAUGUGAAAAUGAUAGUCAUGUACGUUGUGUUUUAUUUCCUAUUCAUUCUGAAGUAUAAAUGUAAACACUUGUUGAUAACAGUUUCAUUAACAUUGUCUCAGAAAUAAAGUAUAUUUCAGAGA